AUGGUCAAGAUCUCGCUGAUUCUAUUUUUCUUGAGGAUCUUUCCAAGAAGGCGGACAGUGCAGCUCUUGUGGGGGACUAUCGCCUUUAUCGUAAUAUGGACCAUAUCUUUCUUCAUUCCUGGCUCAUUCCCAUGCCUGCCUCUUGCCGAUUACUGGACAGCUUGGGAUAAGGCCAAGCCGACUAAGUGUCUCAACAUAUACGCGGUAAUCUGGGUACACGCUAUCAUAUGUAUCGUGGUCGACAUCUGGAUGCUUUCUAUCCCUCUAUACGAGGUCUUUCACCUCCAGAUGACAUUGACGAAGAAGUUCAGCGUAGCUCUGAUGUUCUUCGUUGGUACCUUUACUACAAUUGUAUCCAUCCUCCGCCUCAGAUCGCUCAUUGCUUUCGGCGGCACAAGCAAUGUCACAUGGGAGCAGACGAACGUCGUCUUGUGGUCGGUCUACGAGAUCAAUGUCGGGAUUAUAUGCGCAUGCAUGCCGGCUCUCCGCUUAAUCCUCAUCCGCGCGUUUCCCACAGUCAUCAGGACGAUACAAGCGAGCACCCAGCGAAGCAGCAAGAACCAUCACGGAGGUGGAAGUCGUGGCACAAAAGGAAAUAUCGACACGAUAGGGAGUGCCAAAAGUGGAAAAGAGAACGUGGUCGUUGACCGGAGCACGAUUACAUACACUAGGACGUUUGCUGUGCGGCAUGAGGAGAACGAUGACGAUGCUGAACUUGUGCAUAUGGAGGAAUUCAACGAGAAAGCAAUAAGGGAGCGAAAGGAUAGUUACACUAAUGAGCAGAGCUUGUAG